AUGCCCACCAUAGACCCAGCAAUUGUCCGCGCCCUCCACCUUGAUGCAAGCACCGCCCACAUUUCCACCCAUGGCGGCUCUGGCUUUGCAUCAACAUUCCGCAUUACCACGUCCACCACGUCCAUUUUCGUGAAACAGUCUCGUUCGCCUGGCGCAGAGGUCAUGUUCCGAGGGGAGCAUGCCUCGCUGAACGCCAUCCAUGACGCCGUGCCCAGCCUGUGUCCGCGAUCUUUCGCCUGGGGACAACUGGAGAAAGGUGGGGGGUAUUUCCUUGCUACAGAAUUCUUGGACCUCGAUGGACGGUUAUCGUCGCGAGCCAGACAUGGAGGUGGAGGCGGUGGUGGCAGAGGCAGCGGGAUGUCUCUGGCAGAAAAACUCGCAAAGCUGCACACGACUCCUGCCCCGGUUCCGGAGGGCUACGAUUCACCUCAGUUUGGGUUUCCGGUCACAACGUGCUGCGGAGACACGCCCCAAGACAAUACGUUCGCCUCGUCGUGGGCCGAGUUUUUCGGGAAGCGACGGCUCCUCGCGAUCCUCGAGAAGGCAGAAGAGAAUAAUGGGCGAGACCCGGAGUUGCGCGAGGUUGUGGAAAGGACAGUCCGCGAGGUGGUGCCGAAGCUGCUUGGCAGCAACCAUCUGGGUGGCAGCGACGGGGUCAGGCCAGUCGUUGUCCACGGCGAUCUCUGGUCAGGCAAUAAGUCCAAAGGCAGCUUCGUCGGCCGUGACAAUACGACCCCGGAUACACCUGGACCCCGGGAGGAGGUGGUCUUUGACCCGUCCUCAUGCUACGCACACAACGAGUAUGAUUUUGGCAUCAUGCACAUGUUUGGCGGGUUUCCGUCAUCAUUCUGGGACGAAUAUCAUAAGCUGGUCCCCAAGACGGAGCCGUAUCAUCACUUGAACCACUACGCAAUCUUCGGGGGCAGCUACAAAUCUGGCGCCAUGGGGAUUUUGAAGAAACUAGUCCGAAAGCACGGCGAGCACUGA